GCAGCCCAGCAGGGACUUUCCAGCCGGCGGCGGCGGCGGCGGCCGCCGGCCCUUCCCCGCCCCCCGACAUGGGGCUGCCCGGGGAGCUGGACGCUGCAGAAGGCGGCGGAGGAUGCGCGCGGCGCCCCUGAGCCGGCCGAACGGGCGGGCCUCGGGAACCCUGGGCAUGCUCUGCAGGAUCGUCUCAUAUGGGGAAGAGAACAUAUGUGUGUGAUCAGGCCAGACCUGAGAGUGGCACACCUUGCUUAUUCUUACAUCCAUUAGCAGACCUUGGUUCACGAGCCAACAGGACUGUGAGUAGAUGAUACCUGACCAGGCAUUCCUCCUGAUUCCCAGGUACAGGGUCCCCAUUACGUGAAGGAUAAGGCUGGCACUGCUCCGACGUCUCUGUGGAAGCUUCUCCCUCUCUUCUGAGCUUCCCUAGACUCCUUAGAGCGCACGACACAGAAUUUCUCUUUCCUAAGAUGGAGUCAAGCAAAAAGAUGGAUGCUACUGGCACACUGCAGCCUAACCCACCCCUAAAGCUGCAGCCUGAUCGCGGCUCAGGGUCCGUGCUCGUGCCGGAGCAAGGAGGCUACAAGGAGAAGUUUGUGAAGACGGUGGAAGACAAGUACAAGUGUGAGAAGUGCCACCUGGUGCUGUGCAACCCAAAACAGACGGAGUGUGGCCACCGGUUCUGUGAGAGCUGCAUGGCUGCCCUGCUGAGCUCCUCCAGUCCAAAAUGCACAGCUUGCCAAGAAAGCAUCAUCAAAGACAAGGUGUUUAAGGAUAAUUGCUGCAAGAGAGAGAUUCUGGCCCUUCAGAUCUACUGUCGGAAUGAAGGCAGAGGUUGUGCGGAGCAGCUGACUCUGGGACAUCUGCUGGUGCACCUAAAAAAUGAAUGUCAGUUUGAGGAACUUCCCUGUCUGCGUGCCGACUGCAAAGAAAAAGUACUGAGAAAAGAUUUGCGGGAUCAUGUGGAAAAGGCCUGUAAAUACCGUGAGGCCACAUGCAAUCACUGCAAAAGCCAAGUGCCCAUGAUCAAGCUGCAGAAACAUGAAGACACGGAUUGUCCCUGUGUCGUGGUGUCCUGCCCUCACAAGUGCAGCGUUCAGACCCUUCUAAGGAGUGAGUUGAGUGCACACUUGUCCGAGUGUGUCAAUGCCCCCAGCACCUGUAGUUUUAAGCGCUAUGGCUGCGUUUUUCAGGGUACAAACCAGCAGAUCAAGGCCCAUGAGGCCAGCUCCGCGGUACAGCAUGUGAACCUGCUGAAGGAGUGGAGCAACUCCCUGGAGAAGAAGGUUUCCCUGCUGCAAAAUGAAAGUGUUGAGAAAAACAAGAGCAUACAGAGCCUCCACAACCAGAUCUGCAGCUUUGAGAUCGAAAUUGAGAGGCAGAAGGAGAUGCUCCGAAACAACGAGUCCAAGAUCCUUCACCUGCAGCGAGUAAUAGACAGCCAAGCAGAGAAACUGAAAGAACUGGACAAGGAGAUCCGUCCCUUCCGGCAGAACUGGGAGGAAGCAGACAGCAUGAAGAGCAGUGUGGAAUCACUCCAGAACCGAGUGACUGAGCUGGAAAGCGUAGACAAAAGCGCGGGCCAAGCGGCUCGCAAUGCAGGCUUGCUGGAGUCCCAGCUGAGCCGGCAUGACCAGAUGUUGAGUGUUCAUGACAUCCGCUUGGCCGACAUGGACCUGCGGUUCCAGGUCCUCGAGACCGCCAGCUACAACGGUGUGCUGAUCUGGAAGAUCCGUGAUUACAAGCGCCGGAAGCAGGAGGCGGUCAUGGGGAAGACCCUGUCUCUCUACAGCCAGCCCUUCUACACAGGUUAUUUUGGCUAUAAGAUGUGUGCCAGGGUCUACCUGAAUGGGGACGGCAUGGGGAAAGGGACACACUUGUCGCUCUUUUUUGUCAUUAUGCGUGGAGAAUAUGAUGCUCUGUUGCCAUGGCCGUUCAAGCAGAAAGUGACACUUAUGCUGAUGGAUCAGGGGUCCUCUCGCCGUCAUCUGGGAGAUGCAUUCAAGCCCGACCCCAACAGCAGCAGCUUCAAGAAACCCACUGGAGAGAUGAAUAUCGCCUCUGGCUGCCCAGUCUUUGUCGCCCAAACUGUUCUAGAGAACGGGACGUAUAUUAAAGAUGAUACAAUUUUUAUUAAAGUCAUAGUGGAUACCUCGGAUCUGCCUGACCCCUGACAAGAAAGCAGGGAGGUGGAUUCAGCAGAAGGUAACUCCUCUGGGGGGGUUGAACCGGUCUGUCUUCACGAAGGUCCUCGCCCUCAGAAAGGACCUUGUGGGACAGAGGAGGCAGCCGGAGGAGGAGAAGGAGGUCGAGUGGCUGACAGGAGAGCCACAUGUGAAAACAGACCCCAACGGAUUUUCUAAUAGACUAGCCACACUCACUCUGAAGAAUUAUUUAUCCAUCAACAAGAUAAAUACUGCUGUCAGAGAAGGGUUUCAUUUUCAUUUUAAAAGAUCUAGUUAAUUAAGAUGGGAACAUAUAUGCUAAGAAGAAACUUGAUUUUUCUUCCUUAACUUAAACACCAAAAAGAGAACACACGUGGAGGUAGCUGGAUGUGUCAGCAUGUCAACUUACACGGAGAACUUAGGAAAUAGUAACACAAUCCCGAUGUAGUCAUCCUAAAAUGCAAGAGUGCAAUCUUGUUUCAAAUAUAGUAUAUUGUCUAUUUUUAAGGCCUCAUCUGGUCUCUGUUUUAAUAAUUUGUUUGUUAGAAGACCCUGAGUAGGCAGAAGGUCUCUAAAUUCAGAAGUCAUUUUUAAUUUAAAAUUCUACAAAUAAUUGUUACUGCAAACAUUUUGUUUUAAAACGUUGAUAGACUGAUAUUUCUUGGAAGAAAAUGUAAAAUAUCAAACACUGGUUAUCACUUGUGAUAGGAAAGAGAAUAUUGAACCUGCUGUUAUUUCUCGUUAGAAAUGUAACCCUUCGAUAUCUGUCGUAGUUAGUGACACUACUUCACAAUGACGAUGAGAGGGACAGCUCUGGAUGCUGUGCAUCAGUUCAGACUUACAAUUGUUUUCACCCUAAAAUAGGGCAUUAGUUGAACUUUGGAGUUCUAAACAAAAUCCUAUAGGUUUUUACAAUUCUGCCCCAUGUUUAGACAAGCUCUGUUGCUGACAGCACCAGCCUUGGUCUCCAGUGUCAGUGUCCGGGGACAGGCAGGUGACCCAUGCCGCAGGCAGGAGGCCCCAGCGAGCAUCCCAUCCUGUCAUACUGCUGCAUCCGGCUAGCGCGCUCUGAAAGCAACAUCCGUGCUCAGAGAUGGUGGCAUACGGUACAUGUGCCUUAGAUGUGACAUGCUGCUUCUUGUCCCUGGGUUUGCAUUCACCAUGGUUCUAGAAAGUGACAGUUUAACCAGAUCUCUCUCCACCACCAGAACUUCGUCUCUACCAGGGCCCUCAGACAAUUCUGAACCUGCCUGGGGAAGCCAGGCCUCCGUUGGUGGCUCCUGAAGCCUCUGCUGCUAAAUAUUCAUAGAUUCCAACAGUAGGCCCCCAAGAGCAGCUUAGUUCCACUCCAAGGGAGGGAGGUGUGAGCAGAAGCCACACCCUUCCAGGUCUCUGCAAGGGCCCUGAAAUCCCCACAGCAUGAAGGAGAAGUGCCCGAGCCCCAAGCAUUCCAGAGACCACUGGUCUGGGGCCUGCCCAGGCUGGCAACAGUAACCCUGGCCUCCCUGUGAGGAGGGAGGCCAGCUGAUUCCCAGCCUGUGAAUGCAGAGGCCCGCCCUCUCAGCUCACUGUUCCCACUGUGAUGAGAAGCCUGGAGCCCUGCCCCGGUGCCCCUUUUGCUAUGCACCACACUUCACGGUGCUCUACACUGAUGGGUGCUACACGCGACAGGUGCUUCUUAGGCAAAACCAAUGUGUGCGAACCACCACAUCUGUGCCACUUGCCCAAAAGGCGCGCCCACAAUUGGCCAGCUGGGCCUGCGCUUCAGACUGCCUGCCUCUGGGCUCUCCCCAUGGUCGCACGGGGACAGCUGGGUUGGUGCCCGGUAGCCCACCUUGUCUCUGGUGCUGCCAUCUGUCCUGGGUGUGCCUUCGCCCCAGUGCCUGCUGGAAGUGCCCUCCUCUCGCACACCUGUCCCCGUGCUUCCAUGAGCGACCUCUUGGUUUCGAGCACUCAUCCUGCCCUACCAUGACUGAAGCAUUUGGUUCGUCCCCUGUUCCUCCCUUCUCUCCAUUCUGCUGGGAUUGCUUUGGGGUAAGUCAGUGCCCUUGGUUCUGCUCACAAGGAAAGACUGCAGAUCUCAUGUUCUUUCAAAGGUGCCCCCUUCUUCCUCUAGGCCUGUCACCAGGGUUCCUCCUCCAAAGAUCUGGAGU